AUGACCACCGUCUCUUGCAUUGUGGUUACAACUCUAGUGGUUGUGUCUUUAGCUAAUUUAGUACUUUUAGUGCACGUGAUUAUGAAUUCAAUCUACAAAUGUAAUCAAAAUCGAACAUAUUUAAAACGAAUUGCAAAAAUUCAAAAACGCGAAGACUCAUCUUUUCAGGAUCAAGAAUUUAAAGUGACAACAAACAAUUUUGUUGCUGCUUUAAUCGUCGAAAUUGAUGGUGACAGUUUUGAAUUUGUGUGUGGUGUGGCUAUUGUUGGUAAAAAAUGGGCUCUAACACCAGCGCAUUGUGUGGAUUCUAUUAUAGAUCAACCUCGAAUUAAAACUAAAGUUUCUUCUAACACUUUGAAGCUGAAGUAUGGAAUUUGGUACGACAUUGAUAAGAUGAUAAAACACCAAAAUUAUAAACCUAAUCAGCAUGUAAACGACGUAGCUUUGAUAAGUGUGAAGCAACCGUUUAAAGAAAAAGAAGUUAAAAGUGUUAUUCUACCGACUAAAAAUUAUUUAUACGUUGCUGAAUCUACAGCGACUGCUGUUGGGUGGGUUAGUCAAGAAGUGUUUGCAAUAGAUUUGAAAUUGCUUCCACACAAACACUGUCAAAGCGUUUAUCUCGAAGGUAUCACAAAUGGUACUUUCUGUGCCGAAAAGAAAGCUUGUGUUUAUGAUCAUGGAGGGUUCUUAAUUCAGAAAGGGGUGUUGAUAGGCACUGUUUCUUUUGGAAUAGGAUGUACUUCAAAACCGAUUGUUUAUACGAAAAUUUCUUUAUUUGAAAAUUGGUUUAAACAUCAAAAAAUUGGAGCAGUUUUUAAAGGAAGUACUUGAUUUACAUAUAUCUUACAUUAUGUGUUCUAUUUACAACAAAUAAAAUUUUAAA